AUGAGAGCCACUUUAGGUCUUGCCUUGUUCUGGACCAGCCAUGUUACGGCACUCGGAUACGCAGACAGACAAAAGACGCCUUUGAAAGAUGAUGAAAGAGUGGCAGCACUCUUUCCAGCUCCUGAAGGUGAUCUGAUAUCACCGGCGUUUUUAUUUCCCCAUACCGUUCCUGAGGGCUUCGCCAAUAAUUCGGCCCCUCCUACCGACAGUGUUACUUCGGCGUCAUUUCUCAAGUUACUGGCCCAGAAGAAUCCAUGGAUAAACUAUCAUGAGCCCGACUUUACAUCUGAAGAAGGACGGGUUAUCCCCUAUGUUUACUUAUCGAAAACUCGCAAAGAUUACACGGAGGGUUCAUCGGACAACAAACUGCGAAUAUGGAUCCAAGGAGGCACGCACGGAGACGAGCCCGCGGGCCCUCAAUCGGUCCUCGCAUUGCUUGGAAAACUCAACGAUGACAAGAAAUGGGCUUCAUCAGUCCUUGACAAAGCGGAUCUCCUGGUGCUUCCGUUGUAUAACCCUGAUGGCACGCAGAACUUUCAGCGAGAGCUUGUCACCGGAUUUGACGGCAACCGGGAUCAUGCUCUACUCCAAAGGAAACAGACUCGAGACGUGAAGCAACUACUCAACAGAUUCAAUCCUCAUAUUUCCCACGACGCCCACGAAUACACAGCUUGGAACCGAUUUGGCGGGAACUACAUCAAGUCUCACGACCUUCAGUUUUCUGCCGUGAAGAAUCCCAACAUCAGGCCGGAGAUUAGAAGUCUCGGUGAGCGCCUUUUCACUGAUACAGUCUACUCCACCGUGAGAAAGGCCGGAUAUCGCACGGGUCCCUACUUCACAGGCACUACUUCAGGAAGUGCAAUCACCCUGACCGAGCCGGGCUCCUCUAGCUCGGGCGGGCACAACUCGUGGGGACUUGGCCAGCGGCUCUCAUUUCUCGCUGAGACGCGUGGUAUCAGAUUGGGUGACCAGCACUUCAAGCGGAGGGUCAGUACGGGACUUUUGGCUGCCGAGACGGUUCUGCGGGUAGCCACGGAGAACAAAGAUUUGAUCUACAACACAAUCGAGGACGCUCGUCGAGAUUUUAUCAACGGAAACGAUGAGAUAGUCGUGGUGGAUAAAUCAAGAGUGACAAAUAUAGAUAUCGACCUUAUUGAUGUUACCACAGGCGAGGUGGUUGAUGUGCCGGUAACUUUCAACAACAACACACCCUCGGACGUGGUGUUGACCCGCCCCCGCCCCGAAGCCUACAUUUUCUCGGGUGCCUGGUCUGACAUUGCUGAGCGGCUUCGAGUCUUGGGGCUCAAGGUUGACGUCCUGGAGAGUGACUUCUACGGCACGGUCGAAACUCUCGUGGCCACCAACGUAACUUUGGCCACUGGCAGGAACCAAGGAAUCGUGCAGGCAACUGUCACUACAAAACCAGGCACAAGAAUCGUUCGUAUCCCAGCUGGCGGCUUCCGAGUGAGCACCCGUCAACAAAAUGCUGCCUACGCCUUCAUCACCUUGGAGCCGGAGAAUGUAUCCUCGUUUGUGACAACAAACACUAUUCCUUUGGAGGUUGGAGAAGAGUACCCCGUGUUUAGGAUCGUAUGA